UACAUUGGUCAAGAUUAAAAGAUGAUCCAUUAAAGGUCCUUCAAGCUCUGCCUAAUUUGAUGUUUCUUCGGCUUCAUGAUGGAUAUGAAGGUGAGCAAUUACACAUUGAGGGAGGAGGCUUCCAGAAACUCAAGUUUCUUGGGCUUGUAAAUUUGGAAGGAUUGAAUAGGUUGAUAAUAGAUGAAGGUGCCAUGCCUGUUCUUGAACAGCUUGAAAUUGGACCCUCCCCACAGCUGAAGGAGGUGCCCUCUGGCAUCCACCAUCUGCAAAGCCUCAAAGAUCUUGAAUUUUAUGAUAUGCCAAUCGAAUUCGAGCUUAGUCUGCAACCUGACAAAGGCCCUGAUUUUUGGAAAGUCAAGCAUAUUCCCUCUGUCGUUUUCUGGUAUAGGAUUCAAGGGUUACGCUACAAAACGUACAAGCUUGGUGAAGCUAAUUCCAGAGGUGGAGAACCAAAGUGCCCUCCCCACAUUUGAGAAAUUAAAGACAAUUCGUUUAUUAACAUUACUAGACAUCUUAGCCGUAAAGCUUUGGUUACUUUCAAUGAUAGUUUGCUUCAACCAUCAAACUCGGAUAUCUCAAAGGAUUUUCAAGUGCCAAAUCAAACAAAAUACUUGCUCUUUGGUCGAUCAGCAAUAACAUCAGUGGUUGAUUGUCCCCUGCAUAGCUGCCUUUGUUAUUUUAUUGUGUAAUAUUGUUUUUGUUUUACUGUAUCAAGGAUAUGAACCUUUUGAGAACAUCAUAUGCAAAAGGGUGAUGUUUUAGUUAAAUUGUUGUUAGUUUGAGGUAUUGAUUGCCUUGCGAGAGACGCCUUCAAAAAUAA